AUGAGUCCAAAAGCUAUCUGCCUAGGGGCACAUUGCUUAUCAGCUACAAUAAGUGCCACAACAGUUGAGAUCUCUACCCAGUCAGUGGAAAGACACAGAAACGGAAUGAUCUCGAAGUGGCUCGGAUGUCUGGCUCUCAGCUUGGCAGUGAUUUCUGUCCAGGGGGAAGUACCGAUAGUGGCGCGAGCCGAAUGGAAUGCAAAGGCCCCUAGCGGACCCAUGGACAGCAUGGAAAAUCCACUACCCCGAGCGGCGAUUGCUCAUACAGCCGGAAGUGGAUGUAGCGAUGAUACAGGAUGUGCCCAGGCCAUGCGCAACCUGCAGCACUACCAAAUGUCCAAACAGAUGUUCUCGGAUAUAGGAUACCACUACUUAAUCGGAGGCAAUGGAAAGGUCUACGAGGGCAGGAGCACCAAUCAAAGAGGAGCCUUUGCUGGCUCGAAUAACGAGGGAUCCCUGGGAAUCGCGUUCAUUGGAAACUUUGAAGAGCAGGCACCGAAUCAGGAGGCGUUGGAAGUGGCCCAAAAGCUGUUGGAACAGGCCGUGAAGCAGGGUCAGCUACUGGAGAACUAUAAGCUAGUGGGACACCGACAAUUAAGCGCCACCAAGAGUCCCGGAGAGGCACUCUACUCACUCAUCAAACAAUGGCCGCACUGGAGUGAACAAAUUUAAA